CGGAGCCCGCGCCUCCUCCGCCCGAGGGGAGCCCGAGCCACCGUCGGGGCGAUGCUGGAGGAGCUGGAGUGUGGGGCGCCGGGCGCCCGUGGAGCGGCCGCAGCCAUGGAUUGCAAAGACCGACCAGCUUUUCCAGUCAAGAAGUUAAUACAAGCUCGUCUGCCUUUCAAGCGCCUGAACCUCCUCCCAAAGGAGAAAUCUGAGGAUGGGUCUGACGUCACGAGUAGUUCUCAGGGUGCUGCCAUGCAAGGCCAAGUCCCUGAUUUGGAAACCUCUCUGGACAACUUGGAGAAUGACUGUCACUUGGGUUCCGACAGAGAUUUGAAGCCAAAACUUCUGAAUGGGAAGGGUCCUUUAGAUAACUUUUUAAGAAAUAGAGUCGAAACUAACGUUAGCCAGGCUGCCGUAAUCAUUGAUUUGACAGAGGACUCAAGUGAUCAAACAGACAACUCUGUGGCCCGUGAUAAACUAAAUUCUGAAGCCUCUGCUCAGGGGGAGGCUGUAAAUGGAGUCACAGAAGAAACUGGAGACAAGAGGCAGUCGUUGCCGAAGGCCAAUGAGGAUGCAUCAGUGUUUCCUGGAGCAUUCCUUUCAGACAUUCCGUGUCACAGACAGGAGGAGGCUGCUGGCUUGGGGGUCACAGAAAGGAGUGGGACCAAGCUGAAAGAUUCACCCCAGAGCUGCCCUGAACUGAUGGGUGGUCUAAGAAUGUUCCUGGAAAAGGAACAGAACGGUUGGAGUGAAGCUGGGGGCAUCCUGUUCAAAAGGAAGGUGCCUGUGGUGGUCUUAGAGGAUAUUCUGGCUGUGAGAUCCCCCCAAGCCAAGUCUCCAGCAACGCCCCUGGACAAGGGACUGCCCUCCGCGGGUGAGCUGCUAGAGUCGGGCCCUGAAGAAGACUCGGUGCUUAGCCAUUCAUCCUUGAGCUCUUCUUCUACCAGCUCACCUGAGGGGCAGUCUGCUCCCGGAAAACAGCCUGGCAGUCCCCUCCCCACCUGCAUACCAGUACGCAGAAUACCUAAGAAAUUGGUCAGUUCGGCAGAGAAGAUCAGGAUGAGACUGCUAAGAGAUAAGGAGCGUUUGGGCAAGCAACUGAAAUUACGAGCAGAAAAGGAAGAAAAGGAGAAGUUGAAAAAGGAGGCCAAACGGGCCAAGGAAGAAGCCAAAAAGAAGAGAGAGGAGGAGAAGGAGCUGAAGGAGCGGGAGCGGCGAGAGCGAAGGGAAAAGGAUGAGCGGGAGCGGGCAGAGAAGCAGCGGCUCAAGGAGGAACGGCGCAAGGAGAGGCAGGAGGCACUGGAGGCAAAACUGGAGGAGAAGCGGAAAAAGGAAGAGGAGAAACGGUUGAGAGAGGAAGAAAAGCGCAUUAAAGCAGAGAAGGCCGAAAUCACCAGGUUCUUUCAGAAGCCAAAGACCCCCCAGGCACCCAAGACCCUGGCCGGCUCCUGUGGGAAGUUUGCCCCCUUUGAAAUCAAAGAGCACAUGGUCCUCGCCCCUCGGUGUCGGACUGCCUUUGACCAAGACCUCUGUGACCAGUUAGACCAGCUCCUCAAGCAGCAGAGCAGUGAGUUCUCAUUUCUGAAAGAUCUAAAAGGUCGACAGCCCCUCAGCUCUGGACCCACCAUGGUUUCGAACCGGAACGCGGAAAUUUUUAACAGUGACAUGGUGAUCGUGGAGAGCAGCAAGGUCGAUGGCGUUCCUGAAAGGAGGAAGUUCGGCAGGAUGAAGCUCCUGCAGUUUUCCGAGAAUCACCGACCUGCAUACUGGGGGACCUGGAAUAAGAAGACGACGGUGAUCCAUGCAAGGGACCCCUGGGCCCAGGACAGGAAGCUGCUUGACUAUGAGGUGGAUAGUGAUGACGAGUGGGAAGAGGAGGAGCCAGGGGAGUCCCUGUCGCACAGUGAAGGGGAUGAUGAUGAUGAAGUUGGAGAAGAUGAAGAUGAGGAUGAUGGUUUUUUCGUGCCCCAUGGGUACCUGUCUGAGGAUGAAGGAGUAACUGAGGAGUGUGCUGACCCGGAGAACCACAAGGUUCGCCAGAAACUGAAAGCCAAGGAGUGGGAUGAGUUUUUAGCCAAGGGGAAGAGGUUCCGAGUGCUCCAGCCCGUGAAGAUCGGCUGCAUCUGGGCAUCCGACGGGGACAGUGGCGCCGACCUCAAGGUGCUACAGCAGUUCACAGCGUGUGUCCUGGAGACCGUCCCCUCCGAGGAGGAGCAGACGCCCAAGUCCUCCAAGAGGGAGAAGAGAGACCAGCAGAUCUUGGCCCAGCUGCUCCCGCUGCUGCACGGGAACGUGAACGGAAGCAAAGUGAUCAUCCAGGAGUUCCAGGAGUGCUGCCGCCGGGGACUGCUUGGCAGGGACAUCGGCAGUCCUGAGAGCAGUUCCGCCAGCCCCCCAAGCCCUGGCUCCUCACGCCCACAGACUCCUACUGCUGGCGAGGACACCGCUGUCCCCUCCAAAGCCAGACUCAAGCGGAUUAUUUCCGAGAACUCGGUGUACGAGAAGAGGCCUGACUUCAGGAUGUGCUGGUACGUCCACCCGCAGGUGCUGAAGAGCUUUGACCAGGAGCACCUGCCUGUGCCAUGCCAGUGGAGUUACAUCACCAUGGUGCCCUCAGCCAUCAAGGAGGACAGUGGCAACGUCCCUGCUGUGGGGCCUGGACAGGGGACACCUGUGCCGCUGAAGAGGAAGUCUGCGGGCAGCAUGUGCAUCACCCAGUUCAUGAAGAAGCGCAGGCACGACGGGCAGGUGGGGGCUGGGGACCUGGACGGCUUCCAGGCAGACACGGAGGAAGAGGAGGAAGAGGACGGCGACUGUGUGAUCAUGGACGUCCCGGAUGUUGGGGAGGUCCCGGCCCUGUGUGAAGCCGCCCCCCAAAGCAGCAGUUCAGUGGGAAUGGACACCGGCGAGAUCCCCUCCUGAGCCCCGCCGCCCGUGCGUGUACGUAGCUGGUUAGGGGAUUCUCGACGCCUCUCAGAUACUUGAAAGCCCUACGAUUCCUGUGUAAAGAGCACUUUGUCCUGCUUCACAGACCUCCCCCGGAGGUUUGGAGAGUUUUAUAGAGGAUGCUUGAUUCAUUCUUUCUGACAUUUGUAAAAACUCCCCCCCAGAAGCUGCCUGUCACCCGCCCUCUAAUAAAGCAUUACCGCAGUGUACCGGCUCCACGGGAAAGCCCGGCCAGCCUCCCGCCUCCCUCGGCAGGCGCCGUGGCCACGGGCGUGGAAAUGAACUGGAGGCCCGCCCGGGGCUCGCUGCGGCGCGGGGACCUGACGCGGACGUGUAUAAACUUGUC